UAUGGGAUGUGUGUGUAUAGAAAAACUAAUGAGAUGGUGGAAAAAAAGACAAAGAAAGACAGUGUGCAAUGUAGUGGGGGCAAAAUGGACCAGUUAAUAGAAAAGGGAUUUCAGUGUCUUCAAAUAUUCUGCAAUGAGGAAAGUGCAGAAUUUAGUUGCCUUAUAAUCCUUUUAAGUAAAAUCAGGUUUUAAAAUUGGCCCUUGGAGUCGAGAGUGGAUUGAGUAUUUCUUACCUAGAAGAACUCUGUUAAUUUCUCCCUUCUGUAGGAGACUAUGGCGAAGAAAAUAGCCAUUAUUGGUGCAGGUGUAAGUGGACUAACAUCCAUUAAAAGCUGCCUAGAAGAGGGACUUGAGCCCAUUUGUUUUGAGCAAAGCAAUGACAUUGGAGGACUUUGGAGAUUCACAGAGAAGGUAGAAGAAGGCAGGGCAAGCAUCUACCUUUCAGUCAUCACCAAUAGCUCCAAAGAGAUGACCUGCUUCAGUGACUUUCCAAUGCCAGAACACUUCCCAAACUUUCUGCACAAUUCCAAGUUCCUGGAAUAUUUGUGGUUAUAUGCAGAGCACUUUGAUCUUCUCAGGUAUAUCAAGUUUAAGACCACAGUCGUCAGGAUAGAAAAAAGCCAAGAUUACUCAAUCAAUGGUCAAUGGACUGUGGUCACUGAAAAAUAUGGAAAACAGGAAUUCUUCACCUUCGAUGCCAUUAUGAUCUGCACAGGCCACCAGAAUGAAGCAUAUAUCCCAGUGGAGGCUUUUCCUGGUUUUGAAAAGUUCAAGGGUACCUAUUACCAUAGCCGAAAUUACAAAAGCCCAGAAGGAUUCCUGGGGAAAACUGUUGUGAUCAUCGGAAUGGGGAAUUCAGCAGCUGACAUUGCUGUGGAGAUCUGUCGGAAGGCAAAGAAGGUCUUCAUCAGUACCAGAAGUGGCUCCUGGGUAAUGAGCCGAUUGAAUGAGAAAGGCUAUCCCUGGGAUACCAUCUUUCACACUCGCUUCAACAAUGUGAUCCGGAACUCCCUCCCUUGGUUUCUUUUGCAAUGGGUGACAGAACAAAAGAUGAACCAGUGGUUUAAUCAUGAAAACUAUGGCCUGGUGCCACAAAACAGGUCACUGAUGAAAGAACCAGUGUUCAAUGAUGACCUGCCAAGCCGUAUCCUGUGUGGAGCUGUUACUGUGAAACCACUUAUCAAGGAAUUUACUGAAACAUCUGCCAUUUUUGAAGAUGGGAGUGUAGAAAAGAAUGUUGAUAUUGUCAUUUUUGCAACAGGAUACAGUGUUGCAUUCCCAUUUGUGGACAAGUCAGUGAUAGAGGUGUCUGACAACCGUGUCUCUUUGUAUAAACAUGUUUUCCCCCCACAUUUGGAGAAAGCAACAUUGGCAGUUAUUGGCCUCAUCCAGCCCCUUGGGCCAAUCAUGCCUACUUCAGAGCUGCAAGCCCGCUGGGCUACCAGAAUUUUUAAAGGACUGAGUUCUUUGCCUUCAGAGAGCACAAUGGUGGCUGACAACAUCAAAAGGAAUAAGAAGAGAAUCAAAUGGUUUGGCACCAGCCGCAGCCAGUCAAUCCAAACAGAUUUCAUUGAGUACCUGGAUGAGCUUGCUUUUGAAACAGGAUCAAAGCCAGAUCUGUUCUCACUGCUGCUGAGGGAUCCCAAGUUGGCCAUUACCAUCUUCUUUGGGCCUUGUAGCCCAUUCCAGUUCCGUCUGAUGGGACCAGGAAAGUGGUCUGGUGCCAGAAAUGCCAUCCUCACCCAAGGGGAGCGGAUCAUCAAACCCACCAAAACCCGAGUUGUGGACAACUCUGCACACCAAUUCUUCCUGCUUAAAAUCAUCAGUAUCAUUGUCCUCUUGGCUGCUGUAUUUCUGAUCUCCACCCAGUAAUGCAAGACUGAUAACUUGAAUUCAGAUUGGAAUAGUUAUGUAUGGCACUUCCUCCUAUAAUGAUCAGACUAACUGUGCAUCUGCUGAAUCACUGCAAGAUUCAUUGGCCUGUUACAGAUUGCCAAAAUAAAGCUGCUUCGGGUCUCUUUGGAGGUAUGCUGUUUAAAUGAUGCAUGGGUCCUAAGAGUCCGGAGGUCGCGCCAAAGCCACACUC